UGAGAGUCGCCACGCGUUAGUCACACAUAAUUGACCCGAGGCACCUGGUAACACCGAGAUAAACAAUCCCGAUUUCCCAAACGCCCGCAACUCGCGCUUUCGACGACGGCAGCCCGUGCUAAAAAUCCUAUAAAUACACGCGACUAUAUCUCACGAUUCGAUUCUCCGCCGGAUAGCUGAGUGCGCAACCGGAGAUCUGAAGUGCAAUAGCUUGUUUAUGUUUACAUAAGAAGGCAGCCGAGGCAGCAACAGCAACAACCACACGAGGAGAAUGACGAGCACGCUACAAGAAGGAACCCUGGUCGGAUGCGGCAACCCGCUGCUGGACAUCUCCGCCGUUGUUCCCCUGGACUUCCUGCAGAAGUACUCUAUGAACGAGGAUGAUGCGAUCCUGGCCGAGGACCGACACAUGCCCAUUUACGGGGAGCUGGUCGAAGGCUUCCAGGCAGAGUUCCUGGCAGGCGGAUCCGUGCAAAAUUCUCUAAGGAUUGCCCAAUGGAUUCUGCGACAACCCAGGGUGGCUGUGUUCUUCGGUUGCGUCGGCGAGGAUAGGUACGCCGGUAUCUUGAAGGAGAAAGCGCAAGCCGCCGGACUGGAUGUGCACUACCAGGUGAAGAAGGACGUGCCAACGGGUACCUGCGCCGUACUGAUCACUGGCACUCACCGAUCGCUCUGCGCUAAUCUGGCUGCGGCCAACAACUUCACCAUCGAUCACCUGGAGGAGCCCAGCAACAAGGCUCUGGUGGAUAACGCCCAGUACUACUACAUUUCGGGCUUCUUCCUCACUGUGAACCCGCCAAGCAUCAUGCAGGUGGCGGCUACCGCCCACGCCAAACAGCGACCGUUCCUAAUGAACCUCAGCGCACCAUUCAUAUCGCAAUUCUACAUGACACCGCUGCUGGCCGCCCUGCCUUACGUGGACAUCAUCUUUGGCAACGAGGCGGAGGCUCAGGCCUUCGCCGAGGCCCAGCAGUGGCCCAGCGGGGACCUGCGCGAGAUUGGCAAGCGACUGGUGGCGAUGGAGAAGAAAAACCCGACGCGACCGCGCAUUGCCAUCCUCACGCAGGGUUGCGAUCCUGUGCUGCUCAUCCAGCAGGAUUCGGUGCAGGAGUUCCCGGUCACGAAAUUGGCGGUCCAUGAAAUUGUCGAUACCAAUGGCGCUGGGGAUGCAUUCGUUGGAGGUUUCCUCUCGCAGUUUGUGCAGGGCAAGUCGCUGGACGUUUGCAUCAGGUGCGGAAACUAUGCAGCCGGCCACAUCAUCAAGAAUCCAGGAUGCACAUACUCCGGCGAACCGGAGUUCGUCGAGUAAAACCGGAUGCGGAAGCUACAGAAACCUUACAAACACGAUGACAUGGAAGGAGGCAGGCAAAGCGCAGCAAGAUUUGCAAUUGUUAAUUAAGUAAAUGAGAGUGACUAAGACAUUUUGUUAACACUGAUAAUUGUUUGUACAUAUAACUCAGACUCAGACACAUACAAAAACAUACACAUGUGGAAUGACAUGGACAAAUAGCAAGAGUGAGGCUUGUGUCUUAUAGAUAGAGCAAUAUUCGAAUUUAAAUUGAUAAUAAAACAAAAGUGACACACGCAAAACACAAAAGUCAACAGUUUGCACAACUUGAAA